AAUGUAGGAGAAAAAUAAUAAAGUAUGGGCAACAUUUUUUAAUUAUUGGCAGUUAUGGUAGUAAAAAAACAGUUUUUUGGGUAUGUUGGCCGAGUGAAGGUCUCUGACAAACAAAGUGCAAAAAUAAUACAAAUUGUAUUACAAACAGUGCGAAUUUAUGGUCACAUAAUACGUAUAUAUGCUGUUUAUGUUUGGAGUUUAUUAUUAAAACGUUAGGCCGUUAACUCGUAUAAAUGUCCAGUGUAUAACCUCUCAAUAAGCAAUUAGCCUUUCUUAUUGUAAUAAAAUUCCUUAGCUCGCGAUAAAUGAAAGUGUUGUUUACAUUCCUUGAAGUGCAUGGUGUGCAAUUUGUAGCCGUUUUGGAUGCAAGUCGUAAGAAUAACGGAGUGAGUGUCCGUGAGUGAAAAUGCAGGAGCAAGAGUUUGUGUGUUCAAAAUGUGUGUAAAUCAGUGUAAUUUAAUUACAAGGUGUUAUUGUGGUGUUCUGUGCUGGAUGUCGCGGUAGGAUUGCCAUGUCCCGGCUGGUCGACUACUUCGUGAUUGUGGGAUUCGACCACGAGAAAGAAAGAGGCGGGCUGAGCAGUGGCGUCAUCCUACAACGCUUUCCAGAGAUCAACUGGGACGACACUCCUUUCCACGAAGGUAUAGAAUGGUUCUGCCAGCCACAAGGAUGGGCGUUGUCGACGGAGCGGUCGGAGCCGCGCUUCUACGUGUCGGUGCUGACGGAUGUGGACGCGAACCGGCACUACUGCGCGUGCCUCUGCUUCAACGAGACCGUCGCCAUCACGCCAACCAAGCCUGCAGACGAGGACGAGGAGUCGCUGGAGCCGCGGCCGGUGGCCAACAUCACGCACCACAGCAUCAUGUACGCGCCCAAGUGCCUCGUAAUCGUGUCGCGACAGGACUACCUGGACACCUUUCGGAACUGCUUGGGCAUAAUCUACACAGUAUGGGUAGAGAACCUGGGCGUACCCCUGGAGACGUUGGUGGGCAACCUGCUGGGCUGCGUAUUAGUACCUCCAGCGGGUGGUCCGCAGGUCCGCUUCAGCAUCGGCGCGGGCGACCGCCAGGCGUUGCAACCCCCGGCCGCACCUCCGCUGCCCGUCACUCAUACAUCCGUGCACAUGCUACUGCGGUUAUUAGGCAUCCACAACUCCGUAACCCUCUGGUGCGCCGUGAUGUCCGAGCACAAAGUCCUGCUCGUCUCCCUCGCGGCGGCGCGCCUAGCAGCCGCCUGUAGAGCCCUCGCCGCGCUCAUGUUCCCGUUCCGCUACGCGCACGUGUACAUACCGUUGCUGCCGUCCGGCCUAGUGGAGGUGCUGGCAACGCCCACGCCGUUCCUUAUUGGUGUGCAUUCCAGUUUGAAGGAGGAGGUGUCGGAGUUGUUAGACGUAAUAGUAGCAGAUCUGGACGUGGGCUCCCUCCAUAUUCCCGCCGGCGUGAACAUCCCCCGGCCCGACGGGAAGCUCCUAUCAUCCCUCCAAGAAGACUUAGCAUUAGUCUUACAACCAGAGCUACGGUCCGCCGAUUCAGCCUUCGCACCACCACCUCCUGCGGCUUCACCGCCUCAUAUGCUGGAUAAGGAGAUCAGGGCCGUAUUCAUGAGGACUUUGGCGAAGUUGCUGCAGGGAUACAGACACUGCCUCACAAUCAUCCGCAUUCACCCGUCGCCGGUGCUCACGUUCCACAAGGCGGGGUUCCUGGGCAGCCGCGGGCUGGCGCAGUGCCCGUUCGCCGUGCGGCUGCUGGACUCCAUGUUCUUCAACGGGCUGGUGGCCGAGCGCGGCCCGCCGUGGCGCCCUACCGACAUAUGGGACGAGCUCGUGCAGAACCUACCAGAACAGUUGCGGCUAGAAUCACUAAAUCCAAAUCUGGAGCUGCAACACAUACAAGACCUUGCAAUGCAAUUACAACUCAACGAGAAUCCUAAUCCACAGACAUACCAACAACGAAUACUCCGACCACCAGAGGGAGCUUCAGCUCGUAUACACCAGCCGCCCCUGCCGACAUUGGACCCGGUGCGCGUUAAAGAGGUCAUCGACGAGGUCACUGCCAGAAACGCCGAGCAUCCCAAACUUACAGCGUUGAGGGCGCCGGUGCCGCGCAUCGUGCCGCCCGCGGCGCCGCCCUCGGGCGCGGCCGAGGCCGGCCACGUGCUCGUCACCAACUCCGCGCGCCGGCUCGAGGUCCUCCGCGCCUGCAUAGCAGCAAUAUUCGAAUGCCGCUACGCGGACGCGCGCAAGUCAUUCCCCGCCGUGCUGCUCGCGUUACGCGCGUGCGCCGCGCGCGCAGCGCUCGUGCGCGACCUGGCCGCGCGCCUGCCCAGCAACAAGCACCUGCUGCACCACCACCAGUUCGAGUUACUAGUCAGACUUAUGAACUGUGCGCUUCAGUCCUCUUCAGCCUUGGACGAGCAUUCGAUAGCGGCGGCGAUGUUGCCGCUCGCGACCGCCUACUGCCGCAAGCUGUGUACCGGCGUCAUACAAUACGCCUACAUGUGUAUACAGGAGCACCAAGUGUGGACGAGCCAGCAGUUUUGGGAGGCGGCCUUCUAUCAGGACGUUCAGCGUGACAUCAAGGCUCUGUACCUCCCCAGUCCCACGCACCACCAGAGGGCGCCUAGUCCGAGGGAUGACGAAGAAUACUCAUUGCUGAGGGCACAAGAACCCAGCGCGUUGGAAAUCGCCGCCGAACAGAUGAGGCUGUGGCCCUCACUACCUCCAGAAAAGCAACGCGAAAUAAUAGCAAGCGAAGAACAAACGCUCUACAGUCAAGCCAUACACUACGCGAAUAGAAUGGUUUACCUACUUCUGCCACUAGAGGGCGCGGGCCGGCGCGCCGACGCAAGAGGAGACGACGCAGAUAGGGCUAGCAAUAGCAUCACUAACAGUGUGGCGGAAUCGGAUAGCGCUGACGCGGAGUCCGGUUUCGAGGAGGCGGACCCCGGUGAGGCCGGGAAUAAUGUCAUCAAGAUGGUUUCCAGAUUCGUAGACAAGGUGUGUACAGAAGGAGGAGUGACUGCAGAUCAUGUGCGAUGUCUUCAUCAAAUGAUCCCCGGCGUGGUACACAUGCAUAUGGAGACUCUCGAUGCCGUGGCCCGGGAAAGCCGCCGCUUACCGCCUGUACAAAAGCCGCGAAUAGUCGCGCCCUGGCUAGUGCCAGGCGAGGCCGUGUCGGGCGCGGCGCUGCGCUGCUGCCUGGCGGCGGACGGGCGCGCGGCGCCGCUGCUGCCCGCCGAGGGCGCGCUGUUCCUCACCAACUACCGCCUCGUGUUCCGCGGCGCGCCCAUAGACCCGUUCGCGUGCGAACAAACAGUUGUGCGAUCGUUCCCUUUAUGCGCGUUAACGCGUGAAAAAGCUAUACGCACGCAUUAUCUACCGCACUUGGAGCAUUCGCCGCAGGAGGGACUCCAGCUGCGCUCUGCCACCUUCCAGCUCAUCAAGGUUGUACUAGAUGAGGAAGUGAGCUCGGAACAACUAGACGUGUUCCGCAAGGCGUUAGCGCGACUGCGGCACCCGCAGCACACGACGCACCACUUCGCGCUCGCGCCGCGCGCCAUGCCGCCCCCGCCCGGACCGGUGCCCAAGCACCACACGCUCAGGGGCUUCGCAAAGAAGACUCUACUAAAGACGGCGCGAAGGGCGGGUCUCAAGCCUAAACCGUCCAAGCGGCAGAAGUACGUGCUACCUUCUGCAUCCGCGCGGUCGUUGACCUCGCCGCCGCUCAUGUCGUCGUUGUCGGCUGAUACGCUGUCAUUGGAGGAGCUGGAGCUGGCGGGCGCGGAGGGCGCGGAGGUGCCGGCGGCGCGCACGCUGGAGCGCGUGCGCGAGCGGGCCUACGCGCGCGACUGGGCGCGGCUCGGCCUCGCCGCGCCGCCCUUCCGCCUCACGCACACCAACGCCGUCUACACGCUGUGCCGCAGUUACCCAGCGGUGUUCCCCGUACCUGAGGGCGUCGGCGACGAGUCCCUUCGAAGAGUCGCUCGGUGCUAUCGACAAACCCGCCUGCCGUGUCUCACGUGGCGACAUCCAAGGACACAUGCUCUUCUAGCCAGAUCAGCCGCGCCGCACCACAAAGGAGUCAUGGGCAUGCUGAAAGGCAGCCACCAGACGCAAGGCGCCGCGCAAAGCGGCACUGAAACCACCUCUAGCUUAGAACAGGAACGAUACUUAGCAACGUUGGUAGCCUGCACGCCAGCGUCGCGCGGCGAGCUCGAAGAUUCGAGUCUGAGUUUAGACUCGUUGCUGCUCACAGAAGAACCUACGCACACACCGCUGCUUAACAAGCCCGGUACCAUGGGAGCCGCCACACGGGGCUCUGGUGGCGUGGGCGGAGCGCGGCACUUCGGCCGCUGGGGCUCGCUGAAGGGCCGCCAGCCAUCAAGCCUCGAGCUGUACCAGCGGCAGCGUCUGUCUACCGCCGAUGUUGACUCGGUAUCGGGCGACGGCACGGGCGGCGUGCGGCGCGCGUCGCUGUACAUCGUGACGGAGAAGGGCCUGAGCGUGGCCACGGCGGGCGGCUGCGAGCCCGUGCCCGCGGAGUACCCCGACGGCCGCGCCGCCCGGCACGCCUUCAAGAAGCUGCUGCGCGCCGCCGCGCCCUCCGCGCCCAACGCGCCCAGCGAUCCUGGCUUCUACAGAUUGGUGGAGGAAUCAGGCUGGCUAUGGCAGUUACGGCACCUGUUCCAACUAGCUGGCUGCGUAGUGGAUCUACUAGAUCUGCAAGGUUCAUCUGUGCUGCUGUCGCUCGAGGACGGCUGGGACGUAGUGGCGCAGGUAUCAUCGCUGGCGCAAAUCUGCCUAGACCCCUACUAUCGGACGAUAGAAGGGUUCCGCACCCUCGUGGAGAAAGAGUGGCUGGCCCUUGGACACAAGUUCCAGCAGCGGCUCAAUAUCGGGCCUACUCCUCAACAGGGCUACACGCCCACCUUCCUCAUGUUCUUGGACGCUGUGCACCAGCUCCAGAAGCAGUUCCCGUUAGCUUUCGAGUUCAAUGAUUACUACACCCGCCUCGUUGCGUACCACAGCACCUCAUGUCGUUUCCGGACAUUCCUGCUCGACAACGAGGCAGCUCGAGCUGAACUAGGUUUGGUCGACGAGCGUCGCCCCGAUAUCGGAAAUCGAUUGGGCGUUGAGACUGGCGUGACCGGUUCAGAAGAGGACGUGUAUCGCGCGCAGCACGGCCAGUCGCUGUUUGACUACAUCGACAAGCUGCAUCAGAAGUCGCCUAUUCUGUACAACUUCCUGUACACACCGGACCUUGACAACCCGGUACUACGGCCGAUGUCGUCCGUAUGCAGCCUGGAAGUGUGGGAGUACUACACGCACGAGGAGCUCGCGCACGGCGCGCCCUACGACCUGGAGGCGCAGGCGCCCGACGACGAGCGGGAGCCGCGCGCGCGCCGCACCCUCACCUCCGGAUACGAUAGUAUACCCCGCGCCAUGCCGGCUUCGUUCACCGGACUGUUAGAACGGAUCCGUUCGCUAGAACUGGAGUUAGGGCACCUGCCGCAGAAGUGGCGGGUGCGCUGGGACCAGCUCGAACUGCCUAAUACGCUAGAACUCCAGCGCAACUCCUCCCUCUCUUCGUCCGUGGUCCGGCGCUGCACGCUGAUGCUGCACAAGCGCGGCACGCUGGAGCUGCUGGUGCGCGGGCGGCUGGCGCGCGCGCCCGCGGCCGCGCCGCAGCACCGCUGGGGCGCCGCCGCGCACGCCGCGCCCCAGCGCUGCGACCACUGCGACCACCUGCUGUGGGGGCCCGUCAAGACGGGCGUCCGCUGCAUGGACUGCGGCGCGAGCUGCCACGAGCGCUGCGCGGACCAGCUGACCGCGCCCUGCACGCGCUACAAGGCGCCGCCGCCGCCCGAGCGGGAUAGAGACCCGAGGGCCUCUGGGGGAAACAGCGUCGGCACGCUGCAGUCAUCUUCGCAGCAGUACUACGAGCAGUUCUCGUCCAACGUGGCCGAGAACAGGACGCACGAGGGCCACUUGUAUAAGAGGGGCGCGCUCCUCAAGGGCUGGAAACAACGGUGGUUUGUGCUAGACUCCAUUAAGCAUCAGCUUCGCUACUACGACGCGAUGGAGGACUCACAUUGCAAAGGCUUCAUUGACUUAGCAGAGGUGAUCACGGUAAUGCAGGCCCCGCCCGCGCCCGGACCGCCCAAGAAAUGCGACGACCGCUCGUUCUUUGAUCUACGAACGAGCCGACGCACCUACAACUUCUGCGCGAGCGACGCCAACGCGGCGCAAGAGUGGAUCGAGAAACUGCAGGCGUGUCUGCAGUGAGCGAGUCACAAACUUCACGCUGUCCUCUUUCGUCGGGAGCGCUGUGAGCGAGAUAAUAGUCUAGCUAAUAGUGUCAGGCGUUUGUAGGUCGUUUUACAAAAAAAAAGUUUGACAUAAAUGAUACAAUACUGUUUAUUGCACACCUCUAACAGUUUACAUUCAAACAGAGACAUAUUGACAAACAAAAUAAAUUGUAAAUGAACAAUUUAUUUUUCUUUAUUUGAAUCCAUUUUUUGGGAUUAGUUAUUUGGAAAUGCUAGCAUUAUCUUUAUUUUUAAAUAUGAAUGUCUGUACUUUGCACGCGCGCUAAAAACAAAAACCCAAAAAUGGAAUUAAAACUUGUUUAUUAUAGACGCCAUCUAGUACCUUACAUUUUGAAUACCUUGAAUUGUAGUUUAACUAAACUGAUUUAAAAGUAUUUCAAUAAUUAAAUCGUCAAAAAGUGUAUGACUAGUGAAAUAUACCUACAAAUGACUAAUAUUAAAAAAAGUGACGCGAUCUCACGGUCCCGCGCCAUCUAGCGUAGUUAUUGCGUAAACAGCUUCACUAUCGCUCUUUUUUUUAAGAGAGAGUUGAAAAUCCGCUGAUGAUUUUUUAGAAGUUGUUUACCCAGCUAGGAUAAUUGUCGACAAAUAUAUAGUGUUGUUAUGUUGAAUUUGUACAUAUUUUAUCUUUAAUUAUUGUUGUGUAAAGACUUUCGUUCCAUUAUAUGUAAUUCAGUUCGUAGAGCCUCUGUCGCACGUAUUUACUCACACGUGUCUUCAUUUGAGCGUAUUCGGUGUUGUAAUGUGUAUUUUACAUGCAUAUUUCUAUAUUUAAGCAUUCUCGGUGGCCCAUGAGGGGCACAGGCUCAAAUGGUGACAUGGCCUUAGUGUGACCGACGCAACGCGAGUUUAGUUCUAAAUAUAAAUUAUAUUUCUUAAUGGAAGAUAUUAUUUUUUACUCGGGAAUCUCGUUGCAAUGAGCCACCCUCGUUUAUUGUUAUAUACUCAUUGAUAAUUUUGUAUGUUUUGUAAAUAGUGAUAUCCACAUAUCAGCCGCCGCGACGCCCUGAAUUUAACCUCUAUACGCUGGUACAAUGCUUAUAGCCACUGACACAGCAUUCUUCUCUUUCUAACUUUAUACGCUCGGAUUCAAUAUUACUUCAGUAACAUUCUUGUAAAAUAACGUCUGAAAAACUUCUAUCGUUCAUGAGACACUACAACUUUUCCGAUCGGCAUAAAAGUGAUUUUGGCUUUUUAUAUAAUCAUUUAUCAUUACUGUUUAUUUUUACUUGUAGCAGUGUCCGUCAAUUAUUUCAACGUCGUAAGGCCCAAUGUGCAUUACAAAGACAUUCCUUUUCAGUCUAAUUAGGACCUGUCAUAAAGCGAAUAAAAUAGCAUUUCUUAUUUCAUUGCCUUCUCCAACAGACGAAAAUAGCCCCAAUUAACUAUACAACAAGGUUCAAAUAAAAAAAAGAAUUGUUUGUAUCGUGAGCCUUAGAGGAUAAAAGAGACCAAUAUAAAUGUCUGCUUAUAUUUGAGACUUUGGGAGUAGCGUAACUGCUAUAGUAAUAUUCAAUCCGUAACGCGUGAGAGACAGAUGCAGGUUAUUAGCACUAUUUAACUCUGUAACCAAGUCUAAUGCAAAUGCUUAUUUACAUUCUGUUAUAUAUGUUGGUGUUUAUAUAUGUAAGUAGGUAUGUAUACAGUAAGCGCCAGGCAGGCGGAGUUUUAUAUUGAUUUCAGGCAAAAAUCCAUAUAAAGAUGCAAUAUAAAUCUAUUGAGAUCGUCAGACCUGGCGACUGUAUAUGAUUAUUGCUAAGAUUGUUAUGUACAUAUUAUUGACGUGGGGUCCGCAUUCCGUCGCGGUGGGCGAGCGGGAUAUGAAUGUUGUGUUGUGUUUGUGUUGUGAGGGCUCGGUCGAUGCUUUGUAUUUUAUGUGUCAGACGCGCUUCACACUCGCUAAAUGAAACAUUGCUCUUUUUAAGUCUACUUCGAUUUAGGGCCGCGCCACACCAGCGUCUCCCGAGCGUCGGCGUCUAGUCAGCGAUAUAGAAAAUCGCUGCGCAGUUACGCCAACGUUGCGUCAAAUAGCAGCCAUAGACUUGACUAGACACCGACGCUCGGGAGGCGCUAGUGUGGGGUGGAUCUUACACAAAGAUGGCAUGUCUCGUUGCUGUUACAAAAUAAUGUUGUUAAAAGCGAUAUUUCUAUUUGCAUAAGCUUUAUUAUCAUCAGCAGGAGAAGGUAUUUAAAUUUUGCUUUGAUUUUCUUUUUUAGGAUUUAGUUAUUGGUUCUCUAUCGCUGCUGUGCUAAAUUAAAAGCGACUUAAAGUAUUAAUAAAAAAUUGAAUUGAAUUAUUGAUUUGUCAAAAGCUCGCAGAGUUCUCACAACACUUAGAUGUACGCGCCUGUAGCGCUGUAGAGAUUAUUCGUGCCAAAUAUGCACUGAGUGCGAUCAGAAUUUGCUUGCUCCAACACGGGCCGUAUACUCUUAGGCCCCCAGGCCGUGCAAGGAUUUAUUGGUCUAGAAAGGUCUUAAAGGGCUCACGAGAGUCACGAGGCCACUGUCAUACCUAUCAGAAAGUGAAGUGUGUGACAACAGCAUUGCCAUCACGGUAUAGGCUCGGCCCGAUAGGUCUCUGUGAGCACUACUGGUAAGCUUUCGCUUGGUGUUUCACCGCCUUCUGUAAAAAAAUAAGGGGCGAUUGGCAUUUAAUACGUAGUACACUUAACUGAUCACCGGUGGACCUUAUGUCUUGGAAAUAAAGUUUAAAAAUUGCCAGUUAACAGCGUGAACGGUACGGGAGCACUUAUACCUUUCAUCACCAAAUGUCAGCGUAUAUUAUAUGUAUAAAUCCAUUGGACUAAUGGCACAUACCUACAAAAUAGGAUACAGAUGUAGUGAACAAUCCUUUGCCAUCGUAUUUUCUCGGAAACGGUACAUUUUUCGUCAGUACUUUUUGUACUAGGGCUGACUGAAAUAUAGUUCGUGUCAUCCACGAUGACGCUCAGAUUUGUUAAAUCUAGCCUUUAAUAACAUGACAAUACGAGUCAAAGCACACGUGUUCGUGAAUGACACGAUCUUUAGCAUAACAUGUUCCUGCGUUUCCGUGAAAAUACGAUGGUAAAGGAUUAUUCACAUAUGUAUCAACCUGCAACCAUUGCUAUUUAUAGAAGGACCCGUGUUUCAAAAUUGAUUUGUCUAAAAUGCCAUAAACACCACAUAGAAAGUAUUAGAAACAAAAUAUUCUGUAAGGAGCUGCGUGAACGGCUACUUUUAGAUUUAAACUUAUGUCGAACAUCGUUAAUGUUUUUCUACUUUACUCACAAAACGGGUCCUAAACUAGAUAUCUGUCACUAUUUUAGAUUCCCUGGCAGGUAAGACGAAAAGGUUGAGCAUUUCAAAGAUUAUGAAUAAUAUAUAAAUUACGUAUGAUCAGUAUGGUUUUGCCAACGUUUCACAAAAAAAAUGGCUUAUCUGCUUUCCAACCCGCUUAGACUAAAUGACUCUUUUUUUUCUAUUUUAUUCAAAUGUUUUUAUUAUUACACUUUUUACAUAUAGUAAAACCCGUACGAAGGAUGUUCUGAGGUUGAAGGGGCAAAAUGCUUCUUCAAACUUAGGCGUAUUAUACCUCUAUAUGAACGCAUGUAAGUAAUACAAGCAGAAGUAAAUUUUAUCUUUAUUUUUUAAAUACUUGACGGAAGUCAAGUAUAGACGUACUCGUAUAGUCUUUAGAGGAAUCUAAAGGCCAGAGCACACCGGAUGCGUGUGCGUAGACGUGCACGUGAGCGCGCGCUAAAAUAUUGGAGCCGUGCAUGCACACGUCACGCAAGUGGUGCGUCGUCUCACAUAUGGAUCUAUAUUUUACAAUGGGCACGUGCACGUUUGCGCACGCAGAUCCGGUGUGCAGAGUCCUUUAACUAGAGCCAUUCCUUUCUACUGUUAAAGUUAUUCAGCUUAACGCCGUUAAGGUUAAUUAGCUUUAAUGCAUGUUCACCCUUAUGCAUUGGGUUUAAUUCGGUCGUGCAUACAAUUUGAUUUUGCUGCGUUAACCUCUUUGUUACCUCUCGAGCAUCAGUUGAGUGUGAAUCAGUGUAAGAAUUCAUUGCGAUGUAAAGCAGGUUUCACUAUACCUACCUAGUUAUUUAUGCCCGGGGCUUCGCUUGCCCGACAGCAGCCGCUUCUGUUCGAAAUAAUCUGUGUGAAUAUGACCGUUCGUCCCGUUAACUAUGUUCAUAGUUUCUGUGAGCUGACCCAGCCUCGUAUGUGCUGUGUACCGUGAAAUAAAGAGAUUUUUCAAAAUAAA